GUCUGCUUAAUAAUCAACAUCCAGAGAGCUCAAGGAAUUUCUCAGGACUAUUAUAUUUAAACACCAAUAAAAUACAAAAAUGAAUCUGUAGUGCAAGCAACAACAGCAACGUAACCUAUCAGACAAGAUAGUAAAGAAGGCACUGGGAUAUGAGUGCAGCCCUUGCAGCUGUACUCUGUCCUUCCUAUUUUAAUUUUUUCAGAGGCAAACGUGUUGUUCGUUCUUUGAAAGGGUUGUGCUUCGCUCAGAGAACCUCAUACUGCAUAUAUCAACAUUCAAGACUAUUCAACAUGCAGCAUAUUCCCACUCCUCCUUCCCGAAGUCUAAGAGUGGCUCUUGAGGGCUGUGGACACGGGAAAUUGAAUGAUAUAUACACGUCAGUCACCAGAGCGGCAGAAAUCAAGGGCUGGGAUGGCGUUGACCUUCUCAUCAUUGGUGGCGACUUUCAGGCAGUGCGCAACUCGUAUGACUUGAGCUGCAUGUCAGUCCCGCAGAAGUACAGACAGAUUGGAGAUUUCCAUGAGUAUUACAGUGGUGCCCGUGUCGCCCCCUAUUUGACCAUCUUUGUUGGCGGAAACCACGAAGCCAGCAAUCAUCUCUUUGAGCUUUAUUAUGGAGGUUGGGUCGCCCCUAACAUUUACUACCUUGGCGCUGCCAAUGUCAUCCGCUGUGGACCUCUUAGAAUCGCCGGUAUCUCGGGUAUAUGGAAAGGGUAUGACUAUCGGAAACCUCAUUUCGAGAGGCUCCCGUAUAACCGCUCCGAUAUCCAGAGCAUUUACCAUGUCAGGGAACUUGACGUGCGCAAGCUGCUUCAAAUCCGGACCCAGGUUGAUUUGGGUCUAAGCCAUGACUGGCCUCAGGGUAUUGAAUGGCAUGGUGACUUUCAAAAGCUGUUUCAGAAAAAGCCAUUGUUUGAACCAGACGCCAAUUCAGGGAGAUUAGGCAGCGUUGCUGCGAGAUACGUUCUGGAUCGCCUUCGGCCACCCUACUGGUUUUCUGCACAUCUCCACUGCAAAUACACUGCAAAUUUAAUACAUGGCGACUAUAAGCCAGCGGGAUUGAAAGAUAGAUUUGCUUCGAACCAGCAACCCCACCAGCCACAGCUGGGAGGCGAUGCUGGCGCCUCGCCAUCUAUUAUUGCCGAUGAACCAGCUGAGGUGUCGGGGUCUACAAAUGAAGGCAUAAGAUCUACUCCUGUCGUCGAAGAGGUGUCUAAUGCACUGCGGAUAUCACCAAACGAACCAUCGACAACGAUCACAGGCACGGCAAUGAGAGAGGAGACAAUAUUGUCAACCCCCGGCGGCGAAACGGAACCCACAACGCUAUCAACAGAGGGCAUCGAAAGUAUUCCACAGCAACAAAAUCCUACUCAACGAGCAGAACGUGAACGUGCGCAGCUAUCAGCCUGGCAGAACUUCCACUCAGUUGCAACUAAAAAUGAUGCUGAGGAGGGGGCGCGCCUCAUGGAAGAGGCAGCAGACUAUGAAAAACAGGUCGAGGCUGGGUUUAUAAGUAGACCGGAGGUAAAUUACCAGCUAACGUGGAAGAAGAUUGGGGUUAAGGACGAUGGCCUACAACGCGAAAUUGAGGAUGUUGCAAAAAUCGGGUAUGACUCGCAGGAACCUGGGAAAGUUACGGAACAAGAGGAAAGAGGCGGGGUAACUACGGUUAGGAAUACCGAUGAGAUCGAUAUUAGUCUUGAUAGCUCAUCUGAAACUUCGGAAAAACUUGAGCAGGAGGAUACGACGAGCGCUAUGCCGAAAAAUACGGAUGUAAUGGAAAUUGACUCCGGUACUUCAUUUGAGAAAGCGGAAGUAGCACACAUCCAAACCCCUAUAGCAACCGCGAAUGCGACUGGGGCUCUACAAUUGGACGAUAUCCCUGCCGACAUUUUAGACCAACUACCAGCAAGUUUCAGGAAACCACAACCAGUUCCGGGUCAUACUCCCAUUUUCGAGCCUACCCUACCGGAGGCCAUCAAAAAUACAGUAACCGAAUUCCUCGCCCUAGAUAAAUGUGAAACACGGAGACAAUUUAUAGAAUUGGUCGAAUACUCCGCCAUCUCAUCCCCCGAGGAGGAAGAAAUUGGAGAAGAGAGCCGGCCUUACCAAUUGAAGUAUGACAAGGAAUGGCUCGCUAUCACUCGAGCUUUCGCUGAUGAACUCAUACUCGGUGACCCUAACGCCUCCGUCCCACCAAACAAGGGAGAUGCCGGUUACAAGCCCGAUAUCCUCGCUGCGGCGCAAUGGGUAGAAGAAAAUAUCGUCAAACCAGGCAGGAUGACCAUCCCGCACAACUUCUCCAUCACCGCCCCCGUCUACGACCCUGCCAUUUCCAUAAUGACAACCGAGAUGCCGCCAGAGUGCACGAACCCACAAACAGCACGGUUUUGCGAACUUGUCGGGAUUGAGAAUAAGUUUCAUGCUAGUGAUGAGGAGCGGUUUGCGCGUGCUGAUGCAGGGCCGCGUCCGGAGCCUCCUCAGUCAAGGUAUGGACAGCGUUCUCGGGGCCAUCAGGAUGGCUCUGUUCAUUCUUUUGGGAGGGGGAGGGGGAGGGGGAGAGGGGGGGGGAGGGAGGGUGGGCGUUGGCAAGGUGGUCGUGGAGGGCGGGGAGGUGGAGGCAGGGGAGGGCGUGGAGGGCGAGGUGGCCGUGGGGGAUAUUAUGGUCCCCCGAUAUAAAAAUACAGAACUGGGACUGCGUGCUCCGCUUUUGAGGUUUCAAGGACAUUUUUUUUUCUUUCAUUUUACCUCAUUUUUCUCUUUAUUUUUUCUUUUCAUAUUGACUUGUUCUGUAAUCUGCUUUGAGAAUGGGUCACAGGGCAGGCGAAAUGGGCUGUGAGAUGCUUUUUUCACUCUGCAUGUAUGACUAGACACGACACUUAACAGAAAACAAAUUUAUUUGCUGGGUAUAGUCAACGAUUUCAUCACUGGUUUAGGGGGAUCUAGCUUCCCUGAUAGAGCCUGAUAGAUACCCCAUGAUCGGAGGCAUCGAUCCCAAUCACCUACCCUAACGAAAAACCUCCACUCGAUGAAUCGUUCAUUAUUGUGCUCAAGGAAGGCAGCUUAAGCCGAAUCAGAAGUAUGAUGGGUAAAGCCCUCAUCUUAUGCUCAGGAAAGAUAGUACUUUGGCAUUCACAGCGGGUCUGUCUGUAUAUAUGCCAACAAGAAAAGACCACUUCAUUACAUACAUGGAAUAAUACAUAUGGCAUUCGCAAAUACUAAAACGCAAUGCCCGCAUGCACCCUCCCCUACGAGCAGACGGCCUAUUCAAUUUCCUCGAUCCUUGGCCCUUGCACCGACGGCUGACCUGCACUCUCAUCACCACCCAGAUGCGGAUGAAUCUCCAAUCCAGCCAAACGAUCCCCCAACUCGAACCUAGGUUGCUCAUCCAUGCCCUCACGAGUUCUUACUCCCCACAACAACGACUUUUCAAGCCAUGCCUCUAAGCUCUCGAUAAGCACUCGUAUGUGCCCACGGACGAUAGGGUCAGUUUCGUUACUUUCCACGAAUGUUAAGAUGCGGAGACAAUCGGGUAUGUUGCCGAUGGCUCCCUCGUUCGGAUACCUUUGUUGAUCGUUGU